GUCGCAUUUAUAAUUUGUUCCAAAUGAAGCAGAUGGAGUAGAGCUUGCGUUUUGCAAUUUACUUUCUGUAGAUCCACUUAUUAUUAGCAGUUUUCCUAAACGUUUUGUGUUGGAACUGAAUAUUAUCCACCACUCAUGCAUGUGGAGAGAUUAAGACCACAAAUAUAUCGUGAUUAUUAUAAUGUUGGGACGUCUUAUGAUGGUUUUAGUCCAGGAAGUUUUUCUGAAUAUGAUAGAAGUUUGGUUACUUCUCGUGUUUAUGAAAGAACACGGAUACAUACAUUAGCAGCGGAGAGGCAGACGGUUCAAAAAAAGACAUUUACAAAGUGGGCGAAUACAUUUCUGAGGAGGGUAGGAAUUGAAAUAUAUGACCUUUUCUUGGAUUUACGUGACGGAAAGAUUUUAUUACAGCUAUUAGAAAUACUUUCUGGAAUUAAAAUGCCUAGUCCGACCUUAGGGAGAAUGAGGAUUCAUUGUUUAGAAAACAUCGACAAAUCCCUCUUCUUUUUAAGCAAUUUCGGAGUUCAUUUAGAAAAUAUAGGGGCACAUGAUAUUGUUGAUGGAAAUGCAAGGAUUACACUUGGACUAUUAUGGAUGAUUAUUCUUCGUUUUCAAAUUCAAGAUAUCAUAUUUUUGGAGAAAGUCGAUCCUCUAGGAAUCAAAAGUGAUGUGCAACGAUAUUCAAAGGAAGCUUUAUUAUUAUGGUGCCAGCUGAAGACUGCAGGUUAUCGGAACGUUGACGUGCAAAAUUUUACAACUAGUUGGCGUGAUGGCUUGGCUUUCAACGCUCUUAUCCACAGGCAUCGUCCAGAUCUGGUCAAUUUUAAUGAAUUGUCAGUAAACACACCACUGCAAAAUUUGGAGUCUGCCUUUAUAGUUGCGGAAAAGAAUUUGGGCAUAUCUAGGCUCUUCGAUCCUGAAGACAUAUAUGUCCAACAGCCAGAUGAAAAAUCUAUUGUUACUUAUGUUGCUACAUAUUAUCAUUACUUUUCAAAAAUGAAGUCGGAAACUGUUCGUGCUCGUCGUUUGGAAAAAUUUAUAACUUACUGGCGUGAUCUCCAGAAUUCUUUCGAUUGGUACGAAAGACGUGCUUCAGAUCUUUUGUCAUGGAUUGCUAAAACAGUAUUGUGGUUGAAUGAUCGUCGUUUCCCCAAUCAAGUUGAAGAAAUUCAACAGAUUAUGGUUUCAUUUAAAGAAUAUCGUCUUCAAGAAAAGUCGGACAAGUUCAAUGAAAAAGGUGAACUUGAAGCUCAUUUUCUUUUAACGCGUACAAAAAUGAGAACACUAGGACUUAGAAAUUAUAUACCAUCCACAGAGGCACAAAUAUCCCAACUCAAUCGUGCAUGGAAUGCCUUAGAAAAAGCUGAGUAUGGACGUGAAAUAGCUUUGAGAGAAGCGCUAGACAAGCAAAAACGUCUACUGCAUUUGUUUACACGCUACGAAAAGAAAGCAAAUUUGAGAAAAGCUUGGAUUAAUGAUAAUUUUAAAUUGGUUGAGGUAUGUGAUGAUGAUAAGAAUUUAGCAAUGACUGAAGCGUCAUUAAAAAAGUAUGAAGCUCUAAAAGCUGAUAUUUAUGCAUAUUUUGACAGAAUACAGACAAUUCAACAGAUUGCUGAUGAACUCAUUGGUAAUGACUUUUUUAAGCGAGACAUUGUUUUAAAAGUCCAAAAAGAAAUUCAACAUAUGUGGGAUCGACUCUUAAAAGUAAUGAAUGAAAGAUACAAAAUUCUUGAAAAUAGAAAAAACCUGUUUAAAAAGUUUUCAGAAACAGAUUAUCUCAUGGGAUCUAUACAAUCUCUUCUAUCUAAACUACAAAUCGAUGAAUUUGAUAAUCACUUAGCUGCUAUUGAAGAACGUUUAAAACAAUAUGAAUUAAUAGAAACAGAUAUACGUUCAAUUCAUCGAAAUAUAUCAACCCUUUUUGAAUUAGAAUCUCAAAUUGGAUACUCUCCAGAGUUGUUUGGUUUUAAAACUAAUACUGUAGCAAUUGAAAUAAAAAAACAAAAUAAUCUGUUAAAAGAUGCUUAUUCACAACUUGUACAAUUGAUUGAAUCUAAGCAACGGUCUAUAGAAUUUCUAAAACUUUAUCACGGUUCAGAAUAUGAGUUAGAUGAACAGUUAAUUUCAAUAGAAGAACGUAUAUCAUUUUUGCAGAAAAGUGAAGCGUUUGUUGACAAUGGUAAUAUUGAUGUUUUCUUCCGGCGACAUAAAGCGGCUGAAUCUGAACUAGAAACACAAAGAUUGAUUAUCACUCGACUAUUUGAACGAACUUCCAGUUUAAUUGAAGAAGAAUGUCCAAAUUAUGAAAAUCUAAAAGAAAAGGUGACAAAAGUUGAAAAAGCGUGGGAACAACUCAUAAAUCUAAUGGCUAAACGUAAAACUAAUUUAUUAUUUAUGAAAGAUUUACGUUCUUUUGUGUUAAGUUGUGAUGAUGCAGAUGCAUGGAUAUCGGAAAAAUAUGAACUAAGUUCCAGUGCAAUGCGUCUUGCUAUGCAAACUGACAGUAUUUAUACUAUAGAAAAAUUAACGAAACAACAUCAGGAAACUAUUUCCAGUGUGAAUAACUUCCAGACUACUAUUGAUCAAAUGAAGCUUCAAGCAGACGAGUUAUUAGGAUAUAUAGACUAUUUGUAUACUGUAGCUGAUAAAGAUGUUAAAUCAACAGAACCUAUUUUAGAGGCUACCAUAAAAUCUAAGAAUGAGGUUGGAAAUUUAAUAAAGAAUAGAAUGAAAGGUCUCUUAGAUUCGUUUUCUGUUCUUAGUGGAUGCAUUCGUCAGACACAGUUUCUACUUUUAGACGCUGUAUCACUUCAUCAGUUGUUCCAAAUGGCUUCAUCGACGUAUAACUGGAUUAUUGAGAAGGAAGUUUAUAUCCAGCUGUUAAUAAUGGACGACCUAAAAGAAGAAGAGUUUUCUAAGAUUAUAGAAGGCGAUGUCAGUGCUAACCAAGGGUUAAUUCAAAGAUUAGAAAUUGUUAAAAAUAGAUUUUCUGACUUAGAGGAACAGAUGAGUACAGCAGCUGAGCAAGUGUCUACUGUGAACAUGAUGAUUGCUAAUUUUUUAAAUGAACCAAAAAGAGAUGACCAAUCAUUAGUUAAUAAAGAAAUGACAAUUGAAAAAGUUAUCAAUGUUCAAGAUCAUUUAAACUCAGCUUGGAAUAGAAUCGCUGAUACAGUUGAAUCUCAUAGAGACAGAAUAGUUGAAGAAUCAUUUUAUAUUAAUUUAUUCAUUGAAUGUAAAUAUACAUCAGAAUGGAUUUCAGAAAAAGAAGCAGUUUUAUUUUCAACAGAUUCCAUUGAUGCUAAUAGUUUAACUGGUUUGGUAGAAUUAAGAAGACGUUUAUUUAAUUUACAAGGAGAUUUAAAAGCAAUUGAAGCACGAGUUCAAAAUAUUGGUGAACGUAUAGGAGAAUUACUUGGUAUGACAGAACAACAAGAAAUUGCAUAUGAUGAACAAGAUAUAAAGUUAAAGUCUAAACGAAGAGCGGAUUAUUUAAUGAAAGAACAUAUGAAACUUACACAGCAGUGGCUUAAUUUAAAAGAAGCACUUAAACAGAGAGUUAAUCGAAUAUCUACUGAAGGUCAAGUGAGUCGUUUUCUUGAAAAACUUGAUUCAUUUCAAGAUUGGAUGAGAAAACUAAAAACUGAUGUAUUUGUCCGUGAAUUUCCAAGUGAUUUACAGGAAACUGAAAAUCGUCUAACAGUUAUAGAACAAAGUGCUCAAGAAAUCAAAGACUAUGAAAAUGAAGCAAUUCAACUAUUUGAUACUGGGAGACAACUGCUUAAAGGUUACUAUGAUACACCACAUAUUAUGUUGGGACAACGGUUAGCUGCACUUGAAGAUGAUUGGAAAUCAAUUCAAAGUUCAAUGGUCAGUUGUACUACUCGGCUUCAAGAACGUUAUGCUUUGCAGUGCUUUUUGGCUGAAUCUGCAUUACUUGAAGUGACUUUGGAUCAACAGGCCACAUUUUUGGAUAAAGAAAACGUAUUAACAAACCUAGAUGCUGUUCGUGAUAUUCAAAAACAAUAUGAAACAUUUAGGUUUUCUUUAUUGGCUUGUAAAGAUCGAGUUGAUGCCGCUUUAGAAUUAGGUAGGAAUAUAGCAGAAAAAAAUCCAGCAAAUCGUGAUCGUGCAUUAGCUAAAUGUGAAUUAUUUCAACAAAAAUAUGAAGCCAACAAAAUUAAAACAGAAGAACGAAUUGAAUAUUUACAAGAAAAGGCACAACUUUAUGAAUUUUAUGAAGAACUGGAAGAUUUUGAGGAUUGGAUUUUAGAUAAAACUAACUGUCUAAUGGAAAUUCAAUUAGCGAUCAGACAACGAUCACAUUUAUCCUUUAGUCGGAUUAAAGCAUUUGAAGAAGAAAUUGAAGUGAAUCGAAAUCGCGGUGAUCAUUUUAUUGAGGUCGGUCGUAAACUUACAGAAGUCUAUCCACAUCUUGAAAAUGAUGUAAAAAAUCGUUUGGAACGUUUGCAUACACGUUGGGAAGAACUAAUUGACCUAGUUCGACAUAUUGUAAAUGUAGUUAGUCAAGAUAAUCGAGAAAAGUUAAUGAAAGAGGCAAUUCAUAAAACUGCUACAUGGCUUAAUGUAAUGAAUGUUCAAUUAGAGAAACCAGAUAGUAAAUUACCAGUUGAUCAAAUCGAUAUGAUUACAUUACAAACACAAAUAAAAGAACAUAAUAAACGAAUUAAAGAUUAUAUGGAUAGAAAAGCUGUUAUCAAUGUUUUAAAGAGUCAAGUCAAUGAUCCUAAUUUUAGUCAAAAUAAAGAAUUUGCACCAAUUGUCAAUGAUCUUGAGCGUAAACUUUUAGCGCUAGACGAACCACUCAAUCAAAAAUUAACGAAUUUACAACAUUUGGAAACAUCGACUCAACAUUUUGUAGAGUUAACUGUUGAAGGUGCAUGGAUCAGAGAAAAAUCACAACAAGUUGAAAAUUUAUCUAAAACGCUAGAACUUGAUCCACAAAAAGCUUAUCAAAUUGGUCAAAGAUUAAUGGUUAUACAUAGAUUGGAAAGACAACUUAAAAGUCAUAUUCUUGAAGCCAAUAAUCGUAGACCUAGAGUUAAAGCUUUAUGUAAAAACAUUGAAAAUGAAUAUUGUGUAGAAGAAGCGAAAAUCACUGAUAAAAUACAACAACAAAAAUUUCAACGUCUUACCAGAGAACUUUUAGAAUUAUGGAAUAAUUUAGAUAGAAAUUUAACUUGUCUACUUGGGCGAAUAACAAUGUCCGAAUCAGUUUAUCAAUUUUUAUUAGAUGCUAGUGAAUUGGAAUCAUGGAUAUCUGAAGAAGAUUUUUAUUUACAUGGAAUAGAAGUACCAAAGAAUGAGCAAAAUGCAUUAAAUAACUUGAAAAAGCAUCAGAUUCGAUCACAUACAAUUGAACAAUGGCAUGAACGUGUUAAAAAUCAUAAUGAACAAGGUCAAAUAUUAUGCCAACAAUUAAAAAUUCAACAAACAAAAUAUCCUGAUACAAAUAUUUUACAAGAAUCACAAUUUUAUUUAAAAUUAAUUCCAUCAUGUUUGUAUCGUAUAAGUCAUUCAUACAAAAAUCUUCAAGGUAUCGUCAAUAAUGUAGCUUCAAUGUUAGAGGCAAAUGCUAUUAAAUAUAGUUUAAUUCGUGAAGCUGAUGAAUUGGAGGCAUGGAUUAAUAAACGUGUUGCACUGGCUACUAAUAAUGACCUUGGAGUUGAUUUAGAUCAUUGUUGUAAUUUACGAGAUAAAUUCAUGAUAUUCAAUAAAGAAACUGUACAAACAGGUUCACAACUUGUUUCAGAUUUAUCAACUAAAUGUGUGCAUUUAAUUGCAUUAGGCAAAUCAGAUUCCGUGAUAAUUGCAUCAAUUAAAGAUAAUAUCAAUGAAAUAUGGGCUGAAUUAUUGGAAUUAAUCGAAACAAGAAAACAAUUAUUAAAAGCGGCAUUGAAUAUGCAUCGAUUUGUUAAUGAUUGUAGAGAUUUUGAAGAAAGAAUUUGUUAUCGUCUUGACAAUCUACCCGAAGCACCAUCUGAUUCUUUAGCAUCUGGACGAAAACAAGGUCUACCUGGUUUACAACGUAGUCAUAAUUUAUUAGAACAGGAACUUUUAUGUUUUGGUGAUCAAUUGAAACAAUUGGAUUUAACAGCUAAACGAUUACUACCACGUUAUGCUGGUAUACAAGCGGAACAAUUACAAGCACAUCAUGAACGUGUUCAAACAAUAUGGAAACGUUUAUUAAAAGUUAUUGAGAUAAGACGGGAUCUAUUAAAAGAAGCUAGUCGAUUAUAUGACUUUCUAGUCAAUGCUCGUGAAUUAAUUUCAUGGUUAGAACAUGCCAAAGAUAUAAUGGAACAUAAAGAAAGACCAAGAGAUAUUUCUGGUGUUGAAUAUUUAAUUGAAGAUCAUAAACAAUUACGGGUGGAAUUAGAAUCACGAAAUCAACGAAUUGAAGAUUGCUUGAAUCUUGGUCGGAUAUUAUUAGCUGAAUUUGCAGCUCAUGAAGAGAAAGCAAUCCUACCAACUAUGAAACCAAGUUUAAUAGCUACACGAACUGAAGUUCGCGAGAGAUGUGUACAAUUAGCAACUGGGCGUAUUUUGUUAAAUGAAUUAUGGCGUGAACGUUGGGAUCGUUUACAUUUAUUAUUAGAAAUACGUCAAUUCGCGCGUGAUGCGAAUAGUGCAGAAAUAUGGUUAAUGGGUAGAGAGUUACAAUUAGAAUCAGCACGUCGUCAACUAGGUGAAACAUUAGCUGAAACACUAGCUUUACUUGGUGCUCAUUACGCAUUCCAACAAACAUUAGCAACAGCAGAUGAAAGAUUUAAUGCAUUGAAAAGAUUAACUACACUUGAACUAAGAUCAAUGCAAUGGGAUCCACAAGAAGUUAUUAUGAGAGAGAAUGAACAAAGAAAUAAAGUUCGUAACGCUGUCAAAGAAUUUCUUCCUGCUUAUGUCGGACAAACUGAGACUUUGGGAAAAUCAACUUCCAUCUUACCAUCACAUACAGUUGGUGUUUCUUCAUCAAAAAUUCCACUGGUAUCUACUGCUUACAUUCAACAUCCCCCUGUUAAACCACUUAGGAAAUCAAUUGAAGCAACUGAAAUACCAGUUGUACAUCCAAAACCUAGAACAAAAAUUCCAUCAACAUCCGAUAGUAUAGUGACAGCAGUUAAGACAUCACCUCCCAAAAUUGUGGAGUCGUACAAGAGUCCUGGAAAGAAAGUUGAACAUCACGAAACUAUAAUGUCCCCGCGACCAGUUAAACGAUCACAUUCUAGACAAAUACCAGAGUCAUCAGUCGUGAUAACCAAGGAAGAAAGUUUAUCUGACAGGGAUAGAUCAGAACCCAUUAGUCAGAAAUCUGAAGAUUCUUCGGAGAAAAUUCCAAUGUACACUGAAAAACCGUCUUCAUAUAAUCGUCAUGUAGAAGAAACUACUGAUGAAAAUAAUAACACUCGUUCACUGGAAACUGUAGAUCAGCCACAUGAACACCAACAAAAACAUAUAACUCGAAGCCGUUCACUAAGAGUUAGAUCUUCUCAAUCUGACUUGCCAACGACUGAAUCCCCUGCUUCAACAACCAAGUUGAAAUUCUUUGAAAGUGCUGAACAAGAGCCAACUAGGUUAUCACAGGAACCUGAAACAUCGACAAGUGGACAACCAGUUUUACCAAAACUAGAGGGUCCGGUUAUACGAAAGCACGAUUUAGAUUCUGGUGGAUCUUUACAUUCAAAAAGUCAAGGUCGGAGCUGGUUACCUCUUUAUCUGGUUCUUGAUUCAGGUCAACUAUUUGUUUACAAAGAUCAACAAAGUCGUCGGGAAAAACCAAACAUAUACUAUCAUGAUACAUCACCAUUAAGUUUACUGUCAUCAAGAGCUGCUCCUGCUAUAGAUUACACAAAACGACCAUGUGUAUUUCGAUUACGUCUUGGAGAUGGUAGUGAAUAUCUAUUUCAAACUGCAAAUGACAAUGUUCUUAAUCGUUGGGUUACAGCCAUCAAUGAAUCAGCUAAGUGCUUAGCUUCUGAAUUCAGUAAACAUCAAACUGGACAUACUUUAACACUUCCUGUGGGAACUCAUUCUAGAAGUUUUCAAAGUAAUGGUCAUCGUCGUUCUAUUAGAAAUUUUUUCUCUUUACGUCGUAAAUCAUAAUAUGAUUAUCUUAUUAUUCCAAGUAAACAUCGUAACAUAUCAUUAGAUAUUUCAAGUAACUUUUCUUCAUCAAACAAUGCAUAAUCAUGAA